CUGACCGCGUGUUCUGCUAUAAACCAGCCAUCCCAUCGUGUGCGUGCAGUCCGGAACUGGCUGCGUGUGGAGACGAGCCAAAUUGCACAUCCCACGACUAGAAUACCUACGACCACUCCCACGAUCGCCCAACCGCCGUGACGUAGACGACACGUCCGCCGCGACGAUUGCACUACCUUACCACCGUACCUACUACCACUUCUGUCCCAUCAUUCGAGCUGUCGCGUCAGGAAUCUUCCGAAACGCAUACCACAACCCAUCGCCUGAACACCUCUCCACCCACUCACCCGCAUACACGCACACACUCGCCACUCUCAUAGUCCGUCUUCUCCUCGUCCUCUGCGAACUGCUGUGAGCCAUUGCGCCCACUCCACUCCACGACGUACUGCCAUCGACCUUCGAAUCUCUAUAUCUCUCUCCCUCUCUCUCUCAUCUCUCGUUCUCUAAGCAAAACAGAAACACACAGAGAAGCACACAGAACAAAACAGAACAACACAGAACACAGCACCACCUGCACAAUGUCCGACGAAAACAACGCCGGAGGCAGAACACGCCGCUCGUCCUUUGCAGGCGAGACCUUCGCCAACCUGUUCACUGGUGGGCGCUCAGGCAGCAUCUCCCGCAACUCGAGCGACUUCAAUGGAGCUAGCCAGCAGCCGUACAAUGGUGCAGGGCCGAUAACAUCCGCUGCUGCUCACGCACAGCGUCGUCGUCUCUCGCUGACAACACUUGGUCUCUCGGGCUCAGCAACCCAGGCCUCUCCCUUCGGCUCCUACAACAGCCGUCGUGACUCAUAUGGCACAGCUGGUAGUGAUAGUAUCGACGAAUCCGCCAUCGAAGAUGAUGACCCUCGAGCACCAAAUCCGACUCCCGCAACCCCCUUCGCCAGGCGUAUGAGCUUUGGUGCAAAGGCACUCCGCGAUGUCAGAAAUGGCAGCACUUCCAAUGGAAGUGGUGGUGGUGGUGGAGGAGGAGGAGGCGGGAGCCCACAAAAUGGUACUAGUAAACCAUCUACUAUUGCUGAGCAUGAUGCACCACCUGCCUACCCAGCAAGAGCACAGCAAGCGUCUGGGUCGAUCUCGAGCCGAACCGCCAUAGGUCCAGGUGGCGAGGGAUUCAACUGGUCUGACAACUUUCGCAGCCGUGCCGAACGCACCUCAUCCAUUGCCGGUGGUGGUCUGUAUGGAUACAAUGGCUCUCCACCGGGAAGUCUGAAGCACGAUCGCAGCAAGAGUGUGGCAGUCAUGGAGCCACCCAUGAGAGAUAUCCCAAAACCAAAGGAGCAGGUCCGACCAGAUCACUUUCAGGAGCGCAUCUUGAAGGGAGACUUCUACAUGGACUGAGCUACGCGGGCUCAAACCCAUGUAGAAACUGGUGCUAACACGUUCAGAAACUGGCGUCCGGACACGAGCAUGUAACAUUACACAAAAGGCAUCAAAGUACAACCACUACGCGCUUCAUGCGAAGAAGGCACAUUUCCAGCUGACGGCGUUCCGGACUGGCCCAGUUCACCGAAGCCCUUACCCUCGAUAGCUGCGGGACGAGUGGCACUGGCGGCUUUACUCGCGCGACUUUAACGACUUUAACGGAUGACACAGGAGGAGCAUGUUUUACAACAACCCCGACAAUGAUGACGAUGUACGCUCGCGUGUUUAUGAUGAGCGAAAGAUUGUCGAGAAGGACAAUUUGCAAGCGAGAGACGGUCAAGGACCGCGAAAUGUACGAUAUCAAAUUGUGCCACGGAAGCCGACGGAGAAUCAAUUUCGUAGCUGAGAAUGCAGAGCGUUUCAGCACCAC